AUGGAGCGGUUGUAUCAAGAGACAUCAAGUCUGCUUCAACAGGCCCACUUCAGCAUGGGGAAGCUUGAACGUGCAAAGGAUGAACAAGAAGCCCAACAAAUCUCCCAAUAUAUCACUGAGCAGCUACGUGUUAUUGACCAGAACUGCGACCAACUCGUCAUUCUUGUGAAUAAAGAAGUCCCUGCUCGUCGUCAUAUCGUUCGGAUCAAGGUUGACCAGCUGAAAAGCGAUAGCCAGAGUGUUCAUUACGCUAUUUCGGCAAUCUUUUCAAGGCUCAGUGUUAAAUGGCGUGCAGCCAGCGAACGCGAGGAAUUACUGCAUCAAAGAUUUCGACCGAACGAAUCAACCUCGUUGUCAUUGGAAGAUCACGAGCUUCAGAUGAACGAUCGUUUGAGCUCCUCUAAUCGCCAGGUCGAUGAUUUGAUCAGUCAAGGAGUCGCUGUUCUCGAAAGCCUCCGCUCGCAACACAUGAGUCUUCGCGGAGUCCGACGGAAGAUUCUGGACAUUGGAGCUGCUCUCGGGUUAUCAAACACAACUUUGCAAAUGAUUGAUCGACGAGUGCGAGAAGACUGGAUGAUUUUUCUCGUUGGUUGUGUGGUAACGUUAAUCUUUAUGUAUGCAUUUUAUCGAUUUUGGAAAGGAUAA